GCGGGGAAAGGCGGCGCGGCCAGCCGGGGCGCCGGCCUCGCCGCCAUCGCUCCACUGGCGUUUCCAGUGGGCUGUCCCGGCCGGGGGCCGAACGGUCGCGCCGUAGCGGCCGGAGCUCAACGGCCGGGCCGCGCGCCCCGCCCCGCCCGGCGUCACGUGCGCGGCGUCACGUGCCGCAUGCAGAUGGCUGCGGCGGCACCGCUGGGCGGGAGCACGCGGGCCUGAGGGGGAGCCGGCGCCCCCGGCCCGGCCUCGCCGCCAUGGAGGUGUACAUCCCCUCCUUCCGCUACGAGGAGAGCGAGCUGGAGCGGGGCUACACGGUCUUUAAAAUAGAGGUGCUAAUGAGUGGAAGGAAACAUUUUGUGGAGAAGAGGUAUAGUGAAUUCCAUGCACUUCAUAAAAAGCUCAAGAAGUUCAUAAGAACUCCAGAGAUCCCUUCAAAGCACGUGAGAAACUGGGUUCCCAAGGUUCUGGAGCAGCGACGGCAAGGCUUAGAGUUGUAUUUGCAGACAGUUAUUUUAGAAAAUGAAGAGCUCCCUAAAAUAUUUCUUGAUUUCCUGAAUGUUCGCCAUGUACCUACCUUGCCAAAAGUAGAAAGCUGCGGCUCUUUUGAUGAAACAGAAUCCGAAGAAUCAAGCAAACUGUCCCACCAGCCUGUGCUGCUGUUCCUAAGGGAUCCAUAUGUCUUGCCUAAAGCAAACGAUGACUUUCCAAAUGUGGUUAUAGAAGGCACUCUACAUGGAAUAUUUUAUCCCCACUUACUGCCCAGGUAGAAGUGAUGUGUGGCUGGAAGAAGCUGAAGCAAGUCUCCAAGUCAUGUUCAAUGGAAUUAAUGGAAAAAAAAUUCUGCGAUGUGAAAAUUACGCUCAGAAGCAAAAGACACAACCUCAGUUUAAGUUCAAGCAUUAUAUCUUUUUAAAUUAAAUCAAUAUCACUACAAUUGCUGCUUUUUAAAAAAGAAGAUAUGGAAACAACUGUAUUGAAGUUAUUUAUACCGUCUAUAUAUUGACAUGCUCUAACUAUUUAACACUAAAAUCUGAAAGUCAGACACUGAAUUACACUAACCUUUGAAAAGAAUUGAAAGCUUUACUAAUUAUUUCUAUAAUUUCUAACAUAAAUUACACUAAACCAUUUUGCACCAGGAUUUUUCCCAGCACGUUACCCAUUGCUGGCAGUGGAUACGUUAAAAGUGCUGGCGCUGAAGAGAGUGAGAGAUUGCCAAAAAAUAAAAUAUGAGGGGAGGGGGCAAGAAGAAAUUGAAAGUGACUUAAAAUUAUCUGCUCAUUUCUCUUAAGUUAUUUUUAAUCUGCUCUUAAACAUCAUGUUGGAAAAGAACAAUGCAGGUGUACGGAGAAUUUCUAUUGGUAAACAUACUUCCACAUCAUGAAAUAACACAGCUUGCUCUCAGGAAAUUUUUUAGAUUUUAGUUGAAAUUAUUUUAUCUACCAGGAGAUUUUACAUGGCAUUUAUGCAUUUCCAUUUGGUUAUGAUAUCUAAUCUGUGUGUAUGUUUACUCUCCAAGUAAACUGUAUUCCAUAUCUUAACAUUUUAUAAGUCAUGGAGCAGUAAAAUGAUAAAACUAAAACUGAUACGUAUAUAUACUUAUAUAAGUAUUUGUUCAGACUUAACUGGAAAUUUGUAUGUGUGCUACUGGACAUUAUGAAAUACAUUACUAGAACAUGAA